AUGGGAAGAGAGAUCGACUGGGAAGAUUUUAAAAAGGAGUUUGAGCGUAAAUACUUCCCACCUGAAGCAAAAGACCGGCUGGAGAUUCAAUUCUUGGAGUUAACUCAAGGCAACCGGAAAGUCAGGGAAUAUGAGGCCGAGUUUACAAAGCUAAGGAAAUAUUCUCCUUAUGGACCAAGGAAUGAAGGUGCACUAAUUCGAAGGUUUAUAAGAGGAUUGCGAGCGGAUUUGGCUAGCCGACUGGAUGUAGUGAAGUUUCAUAGCCUUUAUGAAUUGGCGGAGAUAGCGGUAAAUGUUGAAGAAGGUAUGGAAAAGGAGCUAGCCAUGAUGAAGCAUGCAGAGCCAUCUCGCAGAACUGAAGGGCUAGGAAUACUAAGAAUGAAUAAUAAAGGACAAUUUAACCGAGGGAGAGGCCGAGGAAGAAAGAAUGACGGACGGUUUAGGAAUGGUCCAAAUGUGUGUUACACUUGUGGUGGUACAUGCCAUUUUUCUAGCAGUUGUCUUCAUAGUCAGGGAAGGAAAGCCCCUGUUAUUCUACUUGCUUCUCGUGUGGUUACGCUUCCAGCACAACCCACUAGACUAGCGAUUGAACCAGCCCCGAAGCGCCAGGCAGUUGGAAAGCAAAUGAAUGCUUUAGAGUUAGGAAAGCCCGAACCACAACAGCCCCAUCAGGGCCCGAUCACAGGAACAUUGUGCAUUGGUGGAGUUUAUGUGCAUGUUCUCUUUGACUCGGGUGCCACACAUAGCUUUGUGAAACCCGAGGUAGUGUCGAGUUUUAAGGGAACCUUUACUAGAGUAAAGGUAGGUGUGGUGCAGCCUGGGUAUGGCUUCUGCUCCUGGAUCACUUGA